GCAUCAAAGUUUUCUAUUCUAUUCCGGAAUCCCGAGUCCUAGUUCCAAAUUUCUGAUUUUGAAAAUUGACGACCAUCCCAUAAUCCUUUGGAGUCUAAAAACAACAUAAACAUGGCGGUCCGUAUCCUGGGGGAAUUGCACCAUAGAGACGUAAACUUUUGGAACUUCUCUGCAGGAUUUCUUCCAGCUCCAUCAUUCUCGUUCAGCUUCGGUCGAGCUAAUUUCAGAAAGUAAAGUCAAAUAGGAAAGGAUUGGCUGGAAAAUUCAAUUUUGUCUAGUGGGAGGAGAGAUCGACUUCGAAGAUGGCCGAAUGUAUGGAACUUUUGAAUACAGCUGCCAUUGAAGAACAACAGGAAGAAAUGACUGUCCUUCAGUCGAUCUUUGAAGACGAUUUUCAAAUCCUCCAAGGAGGGGAUGGAGAAGGUAACAUUUGCUUCAACUUGACAGUCAAAGUUAACAUCCCUUUCGACAGAAUCGAUUUCGAAGCUUUCAUUCCAAUUCCUGAUCAUGAAGAAUUCGAAGCCGCUGUCGAAGAAUGUUCUACGAUUACUGGCGAUAAAAAUGACUCGAACAAUGAACUUGGAACUCACUUCCAAGAUGGUGAAGAUAAUGCAGCAAUGGGUGAGAGUAAUCACAUCGAAAUACAGCAAAAUGGUACGGAACUGGGCGCUAGCUCUGAGAAUGAAAAUGAAAACCAUGGCAACUCCCCUCACAGUUUUUCUGGGCGCACAAAACCUGGCUUUUCUCGAUCCCUAUCUCGGCGACACUGGCAUGUGCGAGCUGAUAUCCAGUACUUGACUCCGAUGCAUGUAACCUGCACAUUUCCUCAACUCUAUCCUGCAGAAUGCCCACCUGAAUUUUCCCUUAGUUGCCUCUGGCUAACAAGAAAUCUGAUAGAGGUACUGCAAGCAAAGUUAAGGAGUCUGUGGACAGAAAGUCCAUACCUACCCAUAGUUUUCACUUGGGCAGAUUGGCUGCAAAAUUAUGCAUAUGAAUAUCUGCGUCUGGGGUCACACUUGGUCCUGAAGGAGGAUGAACCAGUAGAAAGGUUGGAGGCACACACACAUGAAGAAAAUCAGGAUGAGAUAAGUGAAAGAUCUGUUACAACAUUGCAGAAAGCUUUACUGACAAUCUUUGAAUAUGACUUGGAAAUGCAAAGGCGAGUGUUUCGACAGAACACUCACUUGUGUGAAAUUUGCUUUGACGAAAGGGAUGGGUCAGAAUUUCACUAUCUAGAUGAAUGCAGGCACUUCUUCUGCAAUGACUGCUUAAAGGCUCAUUGUGAACUUCAUGUUGAAGGUGGCACUGUGCUUAACCUCUUGUGUCCAAGUCAUGACUGCAAAACAAUGAUUCCGCCUGAGAUUAUUCAAGAUGUCUUAGAUCUGGACAAACUUGAGCGAUGGGAAAGGCUACUUUUAAACAAGACCUUGGAUGUCAUGGGAGAUGUUGUUUAUUGCCCAAGAUGCAAUGUAGCGGUUGUUGCUGAUGAAGAUGAAACCUCUAGACUUGGCCAUUGUGCAAAUUGCUUCUUUGCAUUUUGCACAGAAUGCCUUGAGCCCUGGCAUGCCAGACAGCCAUGCUUUGAGGAGGAAACAGACUCUGAGGAGGAGGAAGGUGCCAAAAACAAGAACACAGAAUCAAAGAAAAAGAAAGAUAAAAAGAAAGAAGGAGGAGCUAAAAUGACAGCUGCAGAAUUAUCUCUCAGAAGACGACAGAAGUUAGAGAGAGAAAAACAGCUCAGAAAAGAAAUGAGUAAUGUGUCGUUUAUUCGGAUGAUGAGGCAACAAGGAAAGUAUCAGUUCUGUCCAAAGUGUCGCAUGGCUGUCGAGAGGAUCUCUGGCUGUGACAUGAUGCACUGUUCACAAUGCCGUGCUAGCUUUUGCUGGAGAUGUGGAAGGGCAAUUUCAGGAUAUGAACACUUUGGACAGUGUGGAAGAAUAUUCCAUGAACCAGCACCAAGGGAGCCAACAGUCGGAGAAACCAUGAUUGAAGAGUACAGAAAGGCCAACCCAAAGAGAACACUACGGACUAAAUUGUGUCCCCGUUGUCAUCAGAAGUGUCUCAAAGAGAACAAUAACAACAACCAUCUAAAAUGUUGGGCCUGUAAAACAGGUUUUUGUUAUCAAUGUGGGAAGGAAAUUAAGGGGGCAGUGACAAUGCACUUUACGGCGGCCAGUUCAUGCACACAACAUUCUGAUGACUAAUAUAGGAAUUUUCAUGACCCAUUUAGGGGUAGUUAGGGGUAAUGUUGGCAGUAAUGAAAUUUGUAUUAAGCUAUGUCUUCUGUGGUAUGCUUGAAAUUAUGAACCUGACAGUUCAUCUACAUGUACUUGAUUCUAAUGAGAAGAAUGCCUUUUAAAUCACCCAUGUAUAAGAACCUACAUUUGAACAAGUCAGCCUAAAUAGGUUCUUAAUAAUUAUAUAUUGGGUGUUUAAUGAGAAAUCAGGCUGUUUAGGUCCUUAAUAAUUCACAACCUUAGUAAACCUAUUUUUGUAUCAGGUUGUCAUUUUAUUUAGGGGUUCAGACUACAACUACACUAAACAGCAUGUCUUAUCAUACUGGAACUAAGUGGGAACUGGAUUUUUAGAUUAGUGAUAGGAAACUUAAUAACUAUAUCAAAUAAGUAUUGUAGUGAAGUACAUUUUUCUCAUACAAUGGCUACAUUUUGAAUUACCGUAAUUUAAUUGGGUUGAUAUUACAUUGUACAAAAUAUGAGAACCUGUUCCAAAUUUCAGACUGAAUGGCUUCUUAUGUAAUGAGGGUCCAAUUUCCCAAAUUACAGCCUGUAGGUUCUUCAUCCACUGUGGUCUUAAAUGUGGGUGGCUAUUGACAAUAUAUAGAUCUUAUUAUUAGGACUUAAAGUAAAUAGGUCUUAAACCAUUUUUCCUCAAGAAAAAGUUGGACCUUUUAUGGAUUGAUGAUUUUCAACAUUCAGUCCCUAACAUAGCAAGAAAGUUUGUAGUUGUCAAUGUAAUAAUUAUUUAUUAUCAGUGCAUAGAAGUAGCCUCCUCCACAGGCAAUUUUGCAACUAAGGGAAGACUUCAAACAAACAAAUUGGAGACAAACAAGAAAGAAGCAUGUCAGGUGAUGUGUUAGUUUAUGUGCUGUAUUGAACUUUAAAGAGACAUGUAGAAAGUACUGUAGACCUUUGCUAUCUCAAUGGAAAGUACUAAACAUUAUGUCAGAUAGCCUGUGAGUUAGAAAAGGCAAGGGGUGAAUUGAUUUUUCAUAGAUUUAUUGAACUGGGAAAUCUGUUCACUGGCUAGACUGAUAAUAAUGGUUUUUGUCUUUCAAAUAAUAAAAUAGCCUGAAUUAUUUAUUUUACCACACUAGUUAAUUAUUGAUGUAAGAGCACAAAAUUAUAGUCUGAACAGUGUAGCUUAAAAAUUUCACCUAUAAAAUUCAAGUGUGAACACUCACCCAAAAGUGGGAAUUCCAGAUAACAAGUUGUUAAAGAAUAUUACAAUAACUAUUAUUUAGAAAAUAGCCCAAAGAAAAUAUGCAUGCUGAUUGGUUAAAAAAUUGUGUUUUUAUA